AUGGAUCUGAAAGAGACGGAGGAACAGCGUCAGAUGCGGCGCAUCGCGUUCGUCGCCGUCGUCGUCUCAACAGCUGCCGUUAUUGCUAGCGUUGUCACGUUACCUAUGUUAUACAACUACGUGCAGUCAUUUCAAAGUCAUCUCAUGGUCGAAACCGACUACUGCAAGGCUCGUUCUCGAGAUAUGUGGCUAGAAAUGACUGCUCUGCAAGCUGGUAAAGGUAUGAUACAUCGUCAGAAGAGAGCGUGGUUGUUUGGACAGUGGAUACCGGAAGGUGGGUCCGGUGGUGGUGGAUCUGGAUCAACACAUAGCAGUAGUGGAGCUGCUGGAUAUGGCGGUUACGGAGCAGUAGUAAGCGCAGAACCAGUUCCUACUUGUUGCACUUGUAAUCAGGGAGCAGCAGGACCUCCUGGACCGGAAGGUCCACCUGGAAACAACGGAAAAGAUGGGAAAAACGGAAAAGACGGAAAGAACGGGCGCGAUGCCGAGCUGCUUCCCGCCCCACCAAGCGAGCCGUGUGUGAUUUGCCCAAUUGGAGCUCCAGGACCUAUGGGAGCGAUGGGCGCGAAGGGGCCACCUGGGCCGAAGGGUUCACCUGGAGAACCACCUCAAGACGGCACACCCGGUGCAGAUGGCAUGCCUGGACAGCCUGGGCCGAUCGGAAGACCAGGACGUGACGGAAUGAAAGGGGCUCCUGGAGCUCCUGGACGACUUAUACCUGUUCCUGGACCACAAGGACCACCUGGUAAACCAGGACCACCCGGGCCACCUGGACCGAAGGGAAACCCUGGGCCGGACGGGCAAUCGUAUCAGGGACCUCCUGGUCCUCCGGGAGAUCCAGGAAAUCCUGGAGUCGAAGGACGACCCGGACCAAAUGGGCCACCAGGACCUCAAGGUGACGAUGGCGACAAAGGAGACUGUGGCCACUGCCCACCUCCACGUACACCUCCUGGUUACUAG